AUGAACUGCUUCACAUUGCUUGGCAACAUUUUCAUCGUACAAGUUGUAGAAGUCACCGGAUUUGCACUGGUAGAAAACGUCAGAGUCACCCAAAGCCAAAAGUCCGUCGUCAGUGAUGGACCAGCCAGCAGCGUAGAUGGAACCAGCUUGUGGUGGAGGACCAUCGAAUUGGAAUUGUCUGUUGGCAACAAUGGCACCGAUUCUGCCGUGUCCAUCAGUCAAGACAGAGUUCUUCAACUCCAUCACCAAAGAGUCCGACGUGAGACAAGCUUCUGGGAUGACUCCGUCUGGAGAAGCAGUGGCAGAGGCCUGAACUUGGCCGUCGCUGAUUUGGGCAGCUCCAGUGGCAGUGGUGGCAGUGGUGGUUUGGUGUUGAAUUUGACCGUCACCAAUUUGGUUCACGGCAGAGGCAGUUUGGUGUUGGAUUUGGCCAUCACCGAUUUGGUUCACCACGGAAGCGGUUUGGUGUUGGAUUUGACCAUCGCCAAUCUGGUUGACAACAGAAACGGUCUGGUGUUGGAUUUGGCCAUCGCCAAUUUGGUUGACAACUGGGGCUGUGGUGGUGGCAGGCACAGAAGAAAGAGUCUCGGAGGUUUGCUUUUGCACUUGGCCAUCGCCAAUCUGGUUGACAACGUCUCUCUUCUCAGCAGAAGGAGUGGCCAGAGCGGAAGAAGAAGUCAGCGAAAAGGUGACAAUUUGGAUACCAAACUUGGCAGUGUGGUCAGUCUUGGCACCAGAGAAAGUUGCAGUAGGUGUCAAGGUGGUCCAUGGCUCAGAUGUAAUAGUAGCAGCCAAAGAGCCGGCAGCCAAAGCCAAUGCGGUGAGAGAGUACUUCAUAGUAGAUUGAUGGAUGUAGUUGUUGUUUGUAGUGAUGAAAAAAACAUCUAUGGGGAACGAUUGCAACUGUUUAAAUACGUUUAUCCAAAUCGGUCCAGACAUGAUCUACCCCUGCCGGUGGCAGCUUUGACACAGCCAUUGCGGCUUCUGGCGCUGGCUAAUUUGCCGUAUAUGUGCAUAGAUGCUGGCUGA